AUGGGUCUCCGCAGGGCCUUCCUCACCGCGUUGGUUCUCCUCGCUCUCUUGGACGAGGCAACUGCAGUAGAUGCGAGUGCCAAGGAACACCGUCUUGGUGAUACAACCUCUGUUAACGCUCCACUCCCCACCGAAAUGCGCUACCUGAGGACUGACAACUCCAUCAAGGCUUCUGACGUCCAGCUCGCGAAAGCAAACGCUGUUGCUGACGAAGAAGAACGAAUCACUUUGCCCAGUCUCACUGAGAUGAUCAGCACGCUCCAGGAACAGCUGAAGGAGCUUUUUCACGGCACCCCAGACUGGCUGGUUCACCUAGUGGCUUUCCUGCUUGGGUUUAAUAUGACCGUUUAA